AUGCGGGCCCUCAGCGGGAAGCGGCCCCGGCCCGGCCCCGUGCAAGCGCGCUACUCCGGCGCGGCGCUGGCCCCGCUUCCCGCCGUGCGCGGCGGCCAUUGGCUGCGGGCGGCUCCUCCCCGCACCUCGGGCGGCACGGCCGGCGGGGCGACGCGGGGCUCGGGGCCGUGCGGGGCCGGCCGGGCCGGGCCGGAAAGCCCCGGGCCCUGGGCCGCCCAGGUGCGGGCCGCGCCAUCGCCGCUAACGGCCGGCCCCGCUCGCCGCGUCGCGGAGAAGAGGCGGUACGAGGAGGAGGAGCGGGACAACGACGACGACGACGACGACGACGAGGCGGAGCGGAGCCUGCGGACGGCCUUGAAGAAGCUGCGGCUGGACGGCGACGACGACGAGGCGGAGCGGAGCCUGCGGACGGCCUUCAAGAAGCUGCGGCGGGACGACGGCGACGACGACGAGGCGGAGCGGAGCCUGCGGACGGCCUUCAAGAGGCUGCGGCUGGACAAGGCGCGAUGGAUCGCGGCGCAGCCUGCGGGCGACGGGACGGUUCUCACGGCGCCGAGGAGAAGAGAUGCAGACGGAGCCCCGCAACCGUCCGUCUGCCAGGAAGCACGGAAUCGGUGUGAGAGGACCUCCGGAGGAUCGGCCGGUCUCUCACGGCAGAGACGUUCCAGGUCUCCUGUCCUAUCCGUCUGUGGAACAGCCUCCUCCAGUUCACCUGCGUUCUACUCUGAGGAGGCCCACACUUACGUAGAUGAUACAAGUGUGGAAGACCUAACAGGAUACCUGGAGCACUAUUUAUUUAUUCCAAAGAAAAUGUCUCCCAUGGCUGAAAUGAUGUAUUCCUAAACGAAAGCCAUAGGGAGUCACAUAGUCAUACAGUUUAGUUUUUUAAUAAAAAGAAAACCUGUAUAUAGUUUCAUACAAUCACACAAUGGUUUGCUUUGUUUUGGGAGGGACCUCUGAGAUCAUCUCUUUCCAACCCCCUGCGGCAUAAAGGGACACCUCACACUGCUCCGUGCUGCUGCCCGGUCCCUAUGGAGAGCAGCUGACCCGGCAGAUGUUGGCAGCACGCUGUCCCCAGCAGGGGAUGUAGGCUGACAUGGCGGCAGGGAACAGCUCUGAGCACGCUGGGCAUUUAUGGCUCUAGAAGGAGACACUGCGCUCUGUCACAGGAGACCUGCCUCACUCUGCCCUCAUCACUUCAUGCUAAUGCACAUUCGCCUGUAUUCUACUCUCUCUUUUUCUAAUAAAAACUGUAUACAGUUUCAUACAGUCACACAAU